UUUUAGUUUACGAUGGCGAAGUGUUGCCAUUGACGAAAGUAAGCCGCAAUGAAAUGGGUGCUUACCUCUGUAUAGCCACCAACGGUGUACCGCCAUCAGUGUCAAAGCGAAUCAUUUUGGAUGUUGAAUUUUCGCCUAUGAUUUGGGUACCCAAUCAACUCGUCGGCGCGCCAGCUGGUACAGAUGUCACAAUUGACUGUCACACGGAGGCACAUCCUAAAGCCAUCAUUUAUUGGGUAUAUAAUUCGGUGAUGGUCCUGCCGAGCAAAAAAUAUAAAACUGAUUACACAGAAAAUUCCUAUCGUGCUCACAUGAAAUUGACAAUAAGAAAUUUACAAUAUGGCGACUUUGGCAACUACCGAUGCAUAUCCAAGAAUUCACUUGGCGAAACGGAAGGUUCCAUACGCGUCUACGAAAGUUAUGGCUUAGAACUACAGCAUGUGUACUCCAACACCACUGACAAUGGAGCCAAUGUUAUAAAGGCCAGUAAAAUACUGCAAGACGAACAGGAAGCUAAAAUUUUGGAAGAGUCGGAUACUGCCGUAGAAGAGGAGGAAAAUUUACACCGCACCAUAGA